AUGCGGCGCGGUACUGAGUUACUUCUUCCAGUUGGCCCGAUGGGGGUGCUGCUGGUUGUUCGCUCGCAUGGCUCUCCCCGGGGUCUCCUUGACCUGGUCGGACUUCGUGCUGCACCUGCCCUCUUGACCUGUGGGGGCGUGUUCGUGUGCGCUGCGAGUCUGCUCCUGCUCCGGGAAGCCUCUGCAGCGGCGGUGCCGCCAGCCGAGCACCCCUUGUGCCACUGGCUCCCAGCCCUCCACAGGCUCUUGUCCAGUGCCUCCAGCCAUCGGAGAUCGGAGCAGUUGGAGGCGCGCGCCGGCAGCGCCACCGCGCAGGGCGGCCUGGCCCAGUGGUUCCUGGCCCCUCUCUUGGGGUUGCUGCGCUCGAGGCGCCGCCGCCUCUCGGCGGGCUCCUGUCGCGAGAGCGACUCGGCGGCCGCAGCGUCGUCUGGCGACGGACCGUCCGAUGGCCUCGACCUCCGCACCGAAGUCGGCAGUCUGAGGCUCGCGCGCAAGGAACCGCCGUUCCCCGAUCCGUGUCCGGUAGCUGUUGCGUCUUCGCUGAGGGCAUGGAUCCAGGACGCACGGCGAGAGUCCAGGGCGCCAUCUGCUGCAGGACGGCCGCAGCGGCAGCAUGAGCAGCGUCCUGGCAAAGAGGAGUUGCAGCAGUUGGGUAAGCAGUUUCUGUUUGGUGCGUUGAGCAUUUCACGAGAAGAAUUGCCUUCUGAAACAGUGCAGGUCUUCGUGCACCGAAAGCGCAUGCUUGCCCACAAGGAGCGCUUCAUCCUGCUCCAUUUUUAUUCGAAUAACUUGACGGAGGGCAAGCCAAAAGGCAAAGAGUGUGGCUUUCUAUAUUUUGAAGCCGCCUCAGGGACACUACACGGAUUUCACAUCGGUUCCGAGCAUCGAGGCCGCGGCCUCGUGAAGCUCAUGCUGACAUAUUACGUGUUGUUUUGUCGUGAGUUUGACUUGCCAGCGUUAGACACUUCGCGCAACAAGAAGCCUAUAUUUGCCAAGUUGUAUCACGAUAUGGGCUACGAACCUCUUUGCAUUGACUUCCCUUUCUUGUUUUUCAGUGGGCGGAUGUCGUCAAAGGUCACAGGCGGCCAGGCUAUUGAGGGGUCGAACCUCGCUUCCCACUGGGUGUUGCCCUUGCCGCCCGUCGACCCCGCCUGGGCAUCCGCUUCGAAAAGAAAGGAAGGCACGCAGUGGGAGGGAAACACUCUGUGGAACAUCUCCCGGCAGAGCGCGCGCUCUCAGGGCUUCGAAAUUUUGGAUGCGCCCCAUGAAUUUGCCGCAGAAGGCUUGAGCGAGUGCGACGGGCUCAAGUUGUAUGCCAAGACGUCUUGGCGCCUUCAAGACACGAGGGCUCUGCGCCGAAGAGAAUCCUUUCUGGAGCGCGCGAGCCGCAGAGGCACGUGUAUAAUGUAUUGGCGAGAGUCAAAAAAGGAGCGUGUCGCAAACGGCUGCGGAAUUAGGGGGGCUACAUUAUACGGAUGCUGA